AUGCUCUGCACUGCACACGCCCUCCAUCGACAACUACUCCACGUACAAGAGGAGUUGGUUUCUCCAGCCAUGUCCACCACCGCGGCUGUCGCGGCGCCACUCCGCCACAGCCGUCCGUCCCCGCUCAACCCAAACGUGACGGCAACCGCUACGACGGCCAGGCCCAGCUCCGUCAACACGCGGACGCACCUCGCCAACCUCGACCGCCUGCUUGUUCGGCCACCGCCGCUGCCGCUGCCGCUCCCACCCAAGAAGACACCGGCCGACGAGCCGCGGGUCCAAGUGGAUGCAAUCCCCGACGAUGAUCGCAGCGGCCGGGGCGGGCUCCUCAACGCGCUGAACCUGUCCACGUUCCUGCCGUUCACGCGCAAGCCCGCCACGGACGAGAUGUCCCCGCGAAGCCUGGCGCACAUGCAGCGCCUGCUGACGCUCUCCCCGCGGCCGUCACCGAGGAGCUCUAUCGCCGCCGAAUGGCGACGGUACCACGGCGAGGGCGCGUGGGUGGGCCUCGUCGACCCGCUCGACCAGAACCUCCGCCGCGAGGUCCUCCGGUACGGCGACUUCGUGCAGGCCGCGUACGCCGCGUUCCACUCCAUGCCGUCGUCGGCGUCGCACAGCCACUGCCAGCACCGCACCCUCGUGCUCCCGGAUCGGUCGUACCGGGCGACGCGCAGCCUGUUCGCCACGUCGUCCCUGUCCAUCCCGCCGUGGGCGCAGUGGCAGUCCGCACCCAAGUGGCUGACGCAGCGCUCCAGCUUCGUCGGCUACGUCGCAGUCUGCGAAAACGAACGCGAGGUGCGGCGUAUGGGCCGCCGCGACAUCAUCGUCGUGCUGCGCGGCACCGCCACGUGCCCUGAGUGGGCCGAGAACCUCCGCACCGGCCUCGUGCCGGUGUCGGACGACGGCGACGACGAUGCGUCAGCGCAGCAGCACGCGCCGAAGGUGGCGAAGGGGUUCCUGAGCCUGUACAAGACGGCCGGCGACCACGUGCCCAGCCUGUCGGACGCCAUUGUGGAGGAAGUGAGGCGCCUCGUGGAGGUGUAUAAGGGCGAGGAGCUCAGCGUCACGGUGGUGGGCCACAGCCUCGGCGCGUCGCUGGCCGUCCUCGCCGCCGACGAGCUCAGCGCGUGCCUGACCGCCGACGCGGAGAGCACAUGCACCGCCGCAGAUGGUCACCGCCCGCCACCCAUCGCCGUGGUGUCCUUCGGCGGCCCGAAGACCGGCAACCGCGCAUUCGCGGACCGGCUGCAGAAGGAGCGCGGGGUGAACGUGCUGCGCGUGGUGAACGCAGGCGACGUUGUGACUCGUGUUCCCGGGCUCGCGCCGCCGCCGACGAUGGCCGAUGGGUACGCGCACGCGGGCGGCGCGGAGCUGAGGUUGGACAGCCGCGACUCGCCGUGCCUGCGCCCGGACGCCGGCCCGGCGUGCUGCCACGACCUGGAGGCGUACCUGCACCUGCUGGACGGGUUCGCGGGGUCCGGCCGGCCGUUUCGCGCCGACGCGAGCCGCAGCGUGGCGGGGCUGCUGGCGUUCCAACGGUCCAACGUGAAACGCGCCUAUUUGGAGCGCGCCAGGGUGCUUGGGGUCGAGCCGGCCACGGCCAGCGGCGCCGGCGACAGGCAGUACGGAUACCUGGCCAGCCCCACGUGA